GGUACGAAAAGCGGAGAACUUUUACACGGUGCUAAUUGAAAAAAACAAUGUGUUGGUAGAAUUAAUGGGAAACUUCUGAUAUGGUUUUCAAUUUGAGUGAACUAAAAAAUGGGUGCGAAUGUUAUGAAAUUGCAAGCUGUGCUUACGAUUUUUUUUUUGUAUUUAAAAAUUGUGCAGAACUAGAACUAGAGAACUAGCGCACGGCAAGCGAUGCUUACUGAAGUAACUUGUGUGUGUAGUACUUGGUGAAACGCAGUCGUGUAAUUUGCUGUUACUUCCCAGCUUCAAAGUCGAAUGUCGGUAUCGGCCACACGGUUUGCCACGGAUCGGUGAAUGUUUGAACAUACAAACACAAAUAUGCACGUACGUCUAUGACACAUUUUUAUGCAAUUUUAUGGAUCAUACGUCGCUUGCAAACUGUCGCAGAUAGAAAAAUUACAUGCCAUCCAAUGUAAGGAACAAAGACUAAUGUGUUUUAUGUGCCCUUAAAACCUUUGAGCAGCAACGUCUGAUAAUCGUACCGACGGCUACGCUGGAAAUAGUGAAAAAUCUACUAUCCAAAAUAUACACUGCUGAAUAACUUGAAAAGUCGUGAGAAAUAGAAAAUAAAAUGGUGAAUACUCCGGCGACCUUCAACAUAAUAAAAAGGCAUUUGUGAACAUUUUAUAAACCAUACUCAAGGCAAAAAAUUAAUGCAAAUCCAAGUGCUUACAGCUUAAUUGAAAAUAUCGAAUGUGCACAUACAAGCAUCCAUUAAAAAUAUCUGGUGUUUGACAACUCAUUCUAACUUAAUGCUGAUUGAAUUGAAUAAUAAAAAUCUUCAUAAGUGCAAAUGGCAAUGUACAAUGAAAAAUAGAAAAAAAAUUUAAUAUAAAAACUGUGUCGUAAAUCUGCAGUACCAUACCAUAUAUGUAUCGAUCAAAUAUGCAAGACAAGCUUUUGUUGCGCGCAUAGCUAAAUAAACUUUGUGUGUCAUAAAAGUUUUUCAAUUACAGACACAGUGAAAUCCUACCAAGGAAGAACAAUAAAAGUCUCUUCGAGUGAAAGGGCUAUUUCGCAACUUAAAACGUCUAUUCAUUUAGAAAACACUUAGUGAACCAAAGCAAAACUGGAAAAUGGUGCCAGCAUGACAAGCUGCCCGAGCAAAGCAAGCACUAACAACACUGAGAGUUCGAGCUUUCAUUCCAACAUCAUUCGAGCUUUCACCGCCAAAUUUAAGCUUAAAGCUUCCGACCAUUCGCAAAAUCAAUACAAAACCAUGCAUGACGAAUUCCAAAACGCAACACAAGCCAACAAUAAUUCGACUAAUCGAACUUGUCAACCAUCCAUCGGAGAUAACGAAAAACAUUUGGACACGUCGUACGCCAAAGUCCAACCUCCAGAGCUUAUAAUUAACAGCGCCGCCUAUAUUACGCACGGCGCCGAUAACGCAGCCGCUGGCUCACUGCAGCACAGUCUGAGCGUCAUGCCGCCGCCGUAUCGCUAUCCCAGCAGUGAAUCAUCGGCGUCCUUCACGCUAUUGCCGCUUAGUCGACGGCGCUGGUUUCAGCGACAGACUUGCCUGCUCUGUAUUAUGGUCGCUUUCAUCUUCGGCCUGCUGCUUGGCGUCUUCGUGCCAAUGCUUGAUCUUCGUCAUGUAUUUUUAAAUAUGUCAAGUGCGCAAAGAGCGGGGCCGCUGAUAGAGCAUACGUCUCCAGAUAGCUCAAAAAGUUUAGAUAACAAACUUGCGCCGAGCAUAGCCGCUGAUUUGUAUUGGAAACCACUGCCUCGCGACAAGCCACAGCGCAAUCAUACACCGACAGCUACGAUUGGCGAUCUCAGUGUUGGUCCGCUCAGCCCGUUUUCGGUGGCCUUCAUCAGUGACAGACAUGCGAGAGUCAACGCUGAAGAAAUAUUAAGUGACAACGUACAUUUAAGUGCGCAAAGACGGUCUUCUUUUACGGUGCAUAACAUCAUAGAUAAGCCUCUGGGACAACCAUUAGGCCAAUAUGCUUCGAAACCAAGCACGGCUUUCGACUCUGCCCCCGCUGUUGUGUUAACGAAGCAAACACUCCAACGGCCCACUGUGCAGAAGAAGAAACAUCCGCUUGAGCGCCGCUUGCUGGGCAUCAUUAACUCAAACAUCUUCUGGGGCGAGCAGGUAGAACGCGCCCUACCAAAAGGCUUCAGCGCACAAGACACGCGUGAUUGGAAUGCUUAUGUGACAUCGCCAGCUGUGGUGCAACGCCUCGAACCAGGCUGCGGACGCAUGCAAAACCGCAUGAUGGUCUUCAGCGACGGCACACGCGCUUGUGCGCGAUACCGCCAAAACACCGACCAAAUCCAAGGCGAAAUCUUCUCAUUCUAUCUGGGACGCUUGCUGAAUAUGAGCAACCUCGCGCCUAGUGCCGUGGUAACUGUGAAUGGUGAGACGGAGAAGUGGUCCAACGUGGUGCACGACAUAACAGAAGCGCAGUGGCAACAGCAGCGUCCGGUGGUGCUGACGCGUUGGCUGCCCAAUCUCGAGCCCGCCGGCAUACCUCAGCCAUUCCAACCGCUCGAUCGACAUUUGAACAAACACGAUGUAUGGAAUAUUACUCGGGCUUUGACAUCUGUCAAAGCGGCCACAGCGCCACAGCCUUUGGUGGCUGAAAGUUUGGUAGCCAGUGGACGCGACUCGUAUGGUUCUGUCAAUAGCGUUCAAGCGCCGAGCCCACCGAUGUCUGCCUUCUCUGAUUCGUCCCUGGAUAUAUUAGUCACGCCAACCUCACUCGCUCUGGAGCGGCUGGUUGAGCUCGCUCAAUGGUCGGAUUUGAUUGUCUUCGACUAUUUGAUAGCGAACCUCGAUCGCGUUGUUAACAAUCUCUACAACUAUCAGUGGAAUGCGGAAAUUAUGGCCGCGCCUGCGCAUAAUUUGGCACGCCAAUCUAAUUCACAACUACUUAUCUUUCUCGACAACGAAUCCGGUUUGCUGCACGGCUAUAGACUGCUCAAGAAAUACGAGGCCUACCAUGGUCUGCUGCUGAACAAUUUGUGCGUAUUCCGUGAGCCCACCAUACAGGCAAUGCAGCAACUGCGUGCGGCCGGUGCGGGACGCAAGCUACGGGAAUUGUUCGAGCAGACGGCGAGCGAGGAAGUGCGGGAUGUGCUGCCAGCUUUGCCGGAUAAAUCAAUUAAGAUACUCAGCGAUCGCAUUGAUCGAGUGCUGGAGCAGGUGGAAAAAUGUAAGCAGCUGAUGGAUGAUAGAUAAUGAUUGAUAGUAAGCGAAAGGGAAUGUUGAAAGUUAGAAAAGUUAAAAAA